UCCCGCGACCCCAGCACGGAGGGCGGAGACGGCGCGGACAUGGAGCUGGGGCUGGCGGGUCGCCGGGCGCUGGUCACCGGGGCGGGCAAAGGCAUCGGGCGCGGCACGGUCCAGGCGCUGCACGCGGCGGGCGCGCGGGUGGUGGCUGUGAGCAGGACCCAGGCCGACCUGGACAGCCUUCUUCGCGAGUGCCCUGGGAUAGAUCCUGUCUGUGUGGACCUGAGCGACUGGGAGGCCACCGAGCGGGCCCUGGGCAACGUGGGUCCCGUGGACCUGCUGGUGAACAACGCAGGUGUGGCCCUGCUGCAGCCCUUCCUGGAGAUCACGAAGGAGGCCUUUGACAGAUCCUUUGAGGUGAACCUGCGAGCAGUCAUCCAGGUGUCAAAGAUCGUGGCCAGGGGCUUAAUAGCCCGGGGAGUCCCGGGGGCCAUUGUGAAUAUCUCCAGCCAGGCCUCCCAGAGGGCAAUAACUAACCACAGCGUCUACUGUGAGUGCCCCAGCUGUGCCCUUGGUCCCGCCCCAGCCCCAGCCUCACCCUCGUCACCAGCUCCAGCCCCAGCCCCAGCCAGCUUGGCUUCCCCUUCCUUCACAGGCGCCACCAAGGGUGCCCUGGACAUGCUGACCAAGGCGAUGGCCCUAGAGCUUGGGCCCCACAAGAUCCGAGUGAAUGCAGUAAACCCCACAGUGGUGAUGACAGCCAUGGGCCGGGCCAACUGGCUCGACCCCCAAAAGGCCAAGCCUAUGCUCGACCGAAUCCCACUUGGCAAGUUUGCUGAGGUAGAGCACGUGGUGGAUGCCAUCCUCUUUCUGCUGAGUGACCGAAGCGGUAUGACCACUGGCUCCAUUGUGCCGGUGGAUGGGGGCUUUUGGGCAUCCUGACCCCCUCCACACACACCUCAGCCCCAAGCCAUGCCCAUCCUACCCCCAAUCCUCCAAUAAACCUGAUUCCUCUGCCCA